GGCCGCCGCCGGAACGCGCCACGCAGAGCCCGCUGGACCCGCGCUGCUGUCUUUUUCUCGCUCUCCGCGCCGCCGGGGGAUGCUGCCAGCCUGACUCUGCCUGUGCCGUCGCCGACGCCGCGCCCGGGACGCGAAUGAAGAAACUCCUUCUCCUGCUCUUCAACUAUCGGGAAUUCACGCGAGGCGGGGGACGCAAAGGAAAACGCCGCCGAAAAUGGCCUCGUUCCAUAUCCGUGCUGCGCGGCCCGAGGACUGCGCCGACCUGCUGCGCCUCAUAAAGGAGCUUGCUAAAUAUGAAGAUAUGGAGGAUCAAGUAGUACUGACUGAAAAAGAUCUACUUGAGGACGGCUUUGGAGACCACCCUUUCUAUCACUGCCUUGUUGCAGAAGUACCAAAAGAACAUUGGACACCUGAAGGAUAUGGUAUUGUGGGCUUUGCCAUGUAUUACUUUACUUAUGACCCAUGGAUUGGAAAACUUCUGUAUCUUGAAGACUUCUUUGUGAUGAAUGAGUUCAGAGGCUUGGGCAUUGGUUCAGAUAUUCUGAAGAAUCUGAGUAAGAUGGCUGUCAGAUGCCGUUGCAGCAGUAUGCACUUCUUAGUGGCAGAAUGGAAUGAACCUUCCAUCAGGUUCUACAAGAGACGGGGAGCUUCUGAUCUGUCAUCUGAGGAAGGAUGGAGACUCUUCAAAAUAGACAAGGAGUAUUUGAUGAAGAUGGCAACUGAAGAGUGAGGAGUUCUGUCAAGCCAAUACCAAAUUUCAUCCAAGAAUUUUGAUUUUUACUAUUCUCCCCGCCUUGCUUUUUAUCAACUUUAUAUUGAAAUAGAUUAGUGUGGCCCCUAAUUCAAAUGCUUUAUUGUCCAUCAACCAUGUUCUGGAGUUUUGAGACUCUAGACCCUCAAGUAGAAACCGUUAUGGAGUCAAUACAUUCACCUUUCUCCUUCGUCCCGUCAGUACACUUGCGAUCCUAAAAUGUAUAUUGUAUAAAACUUCAUUCUUGUAAGUGUCAUUCAAAUGUGUACAGUGUACACACUGAUAGGGAUUUUGUUUUCAAUUAUUUGUGUUCAUAAGAAAAUAAACUGUUUUUCAUGUUAGUGACAGCAA